AUGCCCAAGGAAAAGACUACCCGCAAGGCUGCGCCUAAGACCAAGGCCGAGAAGAAGAAGAAGGCUCCAGACCCCAACGCGCCCAAGCGUGGUCUCUCUGCCUACAUGUUCUUCGCCAACGAGCAGCGUGAGAAGGUCCGCGAGGACAACCCAGGCAUCAAGUUCGGCGAGGUCGGCAAGCUUCUCGGUGAGAAGUGGAAGGCACUCAACGACAAGCAGCGCCAACCCUACGAGGCCAAGGCUGCUCUAGACAAGAAGCGCUACGAGCAGGAGAAGGCUGCUUACACCGUAUGUUUUUCCCCAUCCCCUGUGUCCUAA